GGCCCGCAGGCGGCCAUGGCGGCGGGCGCCGGGGCCAGGCCCGCGCCGCGCUGGCAGAAGGCGCUGGCAGAGCCGCUGAGCGCGGCGCAGCUUCGGCGGCUGGAGGAGCACCGCUACAGUGCAGCGGGCGUCUCGCUGCUCGAGCCGCCGCUGCAGCUCUACUGGACCUGGCUGCUCCAGUGGAUUCCGCUGUGGAUGGCCCCCAACUCCAUCACCCUCCUGGGCCUCGCCAUCAACCUGCUCACCACGCUUCUGCUCAUCUCCUAUUGCCCGACGGUCACCGAGGAGGCGCCAUACUGGACGUACCUUUUAUGUGCAUUGGGUCUCUUCAUCUACCAAUCACUGGAUGCUAUUGAUGGGAAACAAGCCAGAAGAACAAACUCUUGUUCUCCUUUAGGGGAACUUUUUGACCAUGGUUGUGACUCUCUUUCCACAGUUUUUAUGGCAGUUGGAGCUUCAAUUGCCGUUCGCUUAGGAACUCAUCCUGACUGGUGGUUUUUCUGCUCUUUUAUUGGGAUGUUCAUGUUUUAUUGUGCUCAUUGGCAGACUUAUGUUUCAGGCGUGUUGAGGUUUGGAAGAGUGGAUGUAACUGAAAUUCAGAUAGCUUUAGUGAUCAUCUUUGUACUCUCUACAUUUGGAGGAGCAGCAAUGUGGGACUAUACGAUACCCAUCCUAGAAAUAAAACUGAAGAUCUUACCAGUUCUUGGAGUAGUAGGUGGAGCAAUAUUUUCCUGUUCGAAUUAUUUCCAUGUUAUCCUCCAUGGCGGUGUGGGCAAGAAUGGAUCCACAAUAGCAGGCACCAGUGUCUUGUCGCCUGGACUCCACAUAGGAAUAAUUAUUAUAUUGGCAAUAAUGAUCUAUAAAAAGUCAGCAACUAAUUUGUUUGAAAAGCAUCCUUGUCUUUAUACUCUAAUGUUCGGAUGUGUCUUUGCUAAAGUCUCACAAAAAUUGGUGAUAGCACACAUGACCAAAAGUGAACUGUAUCUUCAAGACAGUGUCUUUUUGGGCCCAGGUCUUUUAUUUUUAGACCAGUACUUUAAUAAUUUUGUAGACGAAUAUAUUGUUCUGUGGAUAGCAAUGGUCAUUUCUUCACUUGAUAUGAUAAGGUACUUUAGUGCUUUAUGCCUGCAAAUUUCAAGACAUCUUCAUCUAAGUAUCUUCAAGACUUCAUGUCAUCAAGCACCUGAACAGGUUCAAGUUCUUCCUUCAAAGAGUCAUCAGAAUAACAUGGAUUGAAGAGACUUUCGAACACUUGCCAUCUCUUGCUGCUGCUGUUACAUGAAAGGAGAUAUUAAACAUUUGUUUAAUUUUAGAUAAGUGUUAUACAUAUUUCAGCAAAUAAAAUAUUUCACUGCUUAUAUUAA